CCGCCAACUGUGGGGUUCUGUCAGAGAUAAAUGGAAGAAAAUAUUCUCGUAAUGUGGCUAUAUUCAGUCUCGUGUCAUAAUUAAGUCACUCUUUGUUCUUUUUGAAGCCAGUUAAAUAAAAAAAAUACACAGUCAUAACAUAAAAAUUGUUUUGAAAAUAGGCAUAUAUUUAGACGCCACAGUGGGGUCUUUCGAGACAUUUUCAAGAUGGCUGCGUUCACAGCGACGUUAUUGAAGCCAUGGACACCCAGGGUGCUUCAGAUAAGGUGGAGCAGAUACAAUCCUUACUACCUGGAGCCAGAGCCUCGCAAGGAGGUAUACAGCACGCCAGAGACGGAGCUCACGCCAGAGCAGCUUAAGGAACGAGAACUGAAAUCUGUAAGACCCAUAAAAGCGGCACCGCCUGUUGUUCACAGCUCCGUUUUCAGCGAUCCCAUGAUCAGCAAGUUUAUCAAUAUGAUGAUGAAAGGUGGCAACAAGAUUCUAGCCAGGAAUAUCAUGUUACAGACACUGGAGAAUAUCAAGAGGAAGCAAGUGGAGAAGUACCACAAAGCUCCUGAUGCCGAGAAGGCUGGAAUUGAGUGCAAUCCGUAUGUCAUCUUCCACCAAGCACUGGCCAACUGCAAGCCAGUUAUUGGGCUGGUUACCAUUCAGAGGGGCAGCAGACACUACCAGGUGCCCACUCCCCUCACAGACAACCGGCAGCGUUUUGUUGCCAUGAAGUGGAUGAUCGCAGAGUGCCGGGAGAACAAGCAUCGGCGCACUCUCAUGGAUGAGAAGCUAGCUCAGGAGCUUCUGGCUGCCUUUGCCAACAAGGGCCCCGUAGUAAAGAAGAAGUUUGAGCUUCACAAGAUGGCAGAGGCAAAUAGGGCGUUUGCCCACUAUCGUUGGUGGUAACCACAUAUGCUCUGUGGAGAACUUACACAAGAACUUUCAUAAUACACUGUUCAAGGAAGUGUAAUUAAAUGGGAGAGUGUUGCUAUUUUCUUGAGGGGAAACUGCUUUGUUUCACUUGAAGAACAGGGUUGUUUUGUUGGACCCUUAUAGAACAAUUAUUACCCUGUUCUACAUACCCUGCCAGGUAAUGAGCCUUCAGUUUUUUUUUUUUUUUUUUUUUUAAAUAGCUGUCAUUGCAAUGUUGAAAAAUUGAAGUAUGUUGUGGGAUGCAGAUUAAAAGGUAUAAAUUGUUCCUCAA